CGCAAUGGCUCUUCCUGCUUUGUUCACAAGCUUCGUCCCCUCCUCGAUCAGCCAUAGCCAACCCUCUCUCUCAUUCUUCAGACACCCUCGCUGCUCCUCCUUCUCCUCCGCCGGCGCUAAAUCUGCGACAUGUGCCUUGACGAUUGAAAAUCAAGAGACUGUGAGACGUUCGGCGAAUUGGAAACCUAAUGUGUGGGACUAUGGGUUUCUACAGUCACUCACCGUAGAUUACACGGAGGAUAAAUAUACCGAGCAAGUCCAAAGGUUGAUGGAAGAAGUCAGGGGUCUAUUCGAUUGGGAGACGAACCAGGUGGCCAAGCUCCAGUUCAUUGACGCAGUUCAAUGACUAGGACUAGGA